AUAAACAAUAAACAUGCCACUGGCGCGUGAUAGGCAUCAGCUUUGAUAGCGAAUGCGAGGGGUUUAAAAGCUAUGAAUAUUAAUGAUUUUAAAUUAUCCAAUCAGAAAAGUGGUUUCUGGGCAAUUUACCGUUUGUUGCAUAUUCGUAUCAUGUUUCUACGCAAAGUUAUAGUCCCUCGAAGUUAAAGCAUUUUUUCUCAUUUAAUACACAUUUUUUUCAAAUGCAACACAUAUAUUCAUAAAAUUUAAGUUCUAAAUUUUAUUUUGAUACCAAAAUCAGCUUUCGGAAAUGAAAAUUACCCGGUCGCAUGUGCUGACGAAAAAUGCAGUUUUUGAAACUUCCCGAGGUCACGCACUCUGACCUACGAGCGGCCAUUUUGAUUUCGCUUGUUUACCGACAUCGUAUAGAAAAAUGACCAAUAAAGUUGGAAAAUUAAACAUUUUCGUAUCUCAAACAAAUAAAAAAGACAUUGUUAUUGAUAAAGAAAUAUGUUUGAUUCAGCAUGGCUGACAAAUACCCUGGUCCAUUUUGUGAGCUUCACAAUAUAACUAAAUCUGAUUUACAACAAGGACACAUAACUAAACCUGCCCAACCAUUGUUAAAUGGCAUAGUUAUUGAAAUCAGUCAUUACUUAGUAACAUUGGGACACAAUUCAAAUGAUUUAUACAACAUCUUAGUACAAUUAGAUCCUCUGUUACAAUCUGUGUCAGUGAAAAGUCUGAAGGUUAAAGUUACACGGAUAUGUGAACAAAAGAAGAAAUUAUCUCAUAAGAAAAAGGUGAUUGGUGUGAAAAAUGUCAGUGACUUAUUAAAUGCGACCUUUAGUCCGCCCACUGUGAAAGUUGUUGGAGAAAUUCAAUCUCUUGCAUCAGUUAAUGACAAUUCUGACCUGAAUUUAAACAAAACAAUUGAAAAAAUUGAGAAAAUAUCUGUGAGUGACAAACUAUCAUGCAAAACAGUGUCUACCCAGACAGGUGCCUCGGAUAAUAACAAUUUGAGUAAGGCAACAAACUUACUUCAGUAUGAAAAUUCUAAGCUACAAAAGCAAAGCAUAUCAAUAUCUAAGAAAAUACAAGAGCAGAAAGAUCAAUUGAAUGAGAUUGAGAGAAGAAUUGGCCAUUUUUCAGUGCGAAAUAUUAACAAGAGAGACGAAACUCAAAAAAAAAUCUUCAUGCAUUGCGUAAUGCACAAAGAUUAGUUCUAAAGCAAGACAGACAGCUUGCAUACACAAAAGAAAAACUUAAAAAUGCUGAACUGCAAUGUGAAAAUAUUGAAAAAGACAGUUUUCUGAUGUAUAUUUCUAAUGUCGAACUGUAUGAAUGUGUUGAACUGUUUAUUGACUCCAACAAGUACAUUGUGAAAAUUGUAUUUAUUAUUAAUAAUUGUGUAAAUACAUGUAGUAAUUAAGUGUAUAUUUCAAAAUCAAAUGAUAUGCAUUUUUUUCAGCAAGUAAAUAUGACAGUAGAUUUCAGUGUAUUUUUAU